GGUAUACAGGGCUAGUGUAGUGCUGAGUGUGGAGCGGUCAGUGUGCUGUGGACUCAGUGUUGUUUUACUAGUGAGGAUGUUGCUGACAUUCUAUCUUCUCUUCAUUGUGCUUCAUGUCUCUGAAGGCUGUAAUUUGGUGAACAGAGAACAAGUACUGGAUAUCACAGCUCACACAGGAGGGUCAGUACUGCUGCCCUGCUACUGCACUGACCUACAGACCACACCUGAGGGAUUCAGAUGGAACAAAGACAACACAAAAAUAGACAGACGGGAAGAGAUAUCCAGUGGGAGUGGUCAGUACAGAGACAGAGUUCAGCUGUUUAAUGGUCACUCUCCAGGAAAUCUCUCUCUACUCAUAUCACACCUGACUGAAGAGGACGGAGGCAUUUACUGGUGUGAUGUUAGGGAUUCUUUCAUAAUCAUCAGACUCACUUUAAAAGGCUGUAAUUUGGUGAACAGAGAACAAGUACUGGAUAUCACAGCUCACACAGGAGGGUCAGUACUGCUGCCCUGCUACUGCACUGACCUACAGACCACACCUGAGGGAUUCAGAUGGAACAAAGACAACACAAAAACAGACAGACGGGAAGAGAUAUCCAGUGGGAGUGGUCAGUACAGAGACAGAGUUCAGCUGGUUAAUGGUCACUCUCCAGGAAAUCUCUCUCUACUCAUAUCACACCUGACUGAAGAGGACGGAGGCAUUUACUGGUGUGAUGUUAGGGAUUCUUUCAUAAUCAUCAGACUCACUUUAAAAGAAUGUCCAAAGUCUCUACCCUACAUUCCCUUUGCUGUGAUCACUGUGAUCGUUCUCCACAUUAUUGUAGCUGUGGUCUACCUGAUAACCACGACCAAAGAUCCUGCCAGGGGUCACUACAGCACUGCAGAUGGAGAUGGAGUGGUCAGUCUGGAGUAGGGCAGUUCUGCAACACUGGCAUGAGUUCACAACCUGGCAGCUAAAACAUCUUAAAAUAACAAGUGCAAAUGUUUACAUUUUCUCAUUUUACUUCCUCUCUGUUUUGAAACUGUUAUCUGUUUAAGUUGUACUGUUAACCAUCACUUUGUCAUUAUAUUCAUAAAUGACUAUAUAUUUAUAUAUAUCAUACAUAAGCACCCUACACUGAAAAUGAAAAGAAUAAGACUGGAAUGAAAAGGCCAUUAACACUUCUCAGCUUCAGCAGUGUUGGCUUCUACAAGGUGUGGAAAUUUUUCUAAUAGCACAAGGACAUAAGAAUGCACUGUCUCACUAGCUAGUUUAUGAUUUGGUUGUUGUGGAGGACUCACAGCCUAGUGGAAACAGCGUGACAGCUGUUUUUUUUGGUGUGCAACUUCAGUGAAGUUGUUGUCACACUUCAUGUCAUUAGUUCGGUUUGAAAUUUGUUUGAAAAUAUAACUUUAUACAAAUUGACUGGGACCAUUAUAAUUUACUAUAUAACACCAUUAAGGAAAGUGCCUUUGGUCAGUUUGCAGUGUUUUUCUGUGUAUCACAUGACUGGAUUUCACUUCUGAUGGUACCAUGUACCAAGCAUCCGCUAGAGAUGUAUAAAUCCUCCUCUGUGCUGUCGACCACUGGAACUGCACUCUCGGGAGUGAUGUAGUGCCAUCCAGUACCUUUGGGAUGAGUUAAAGUGGUGUCUGUGAUCCAACUGUACUAAUACACUUUUGACUGAAUGCAAUCAGAUCCUCACAGCAAUGUCCCAACAUGUAAGCCUUCCCAGAAGAGCGCACUGUUACUUCAGCAAAGAGGGAACAAACUCCAUAUUUAUGAACUCAAUUCUAGAUGUAAUGUUGUGCAGGUGUCUACAAACUUUUGGACAUAUAAGGUCAGAUUUAUACAUAGGUGUAUGUACAGCACAAUCUGUUACCGCAAUAUGCACCCAUAAUGCACCAGUACUUAAUAUUUGUUGACUAAUGCAGCAACUUGUCACUUAAAUAGUGAAUGUCUGAGGGUGAUACGUGCCUGGGUUUAUACUGGAAACUGCUAUAAACCCAACAGCUGACCUACACAGAAACUUAGAAAUAAUCCUAUAAUAUGACCCAAUGAAUGACCCAGAAUGUGGGUAGAAAAAUAAUCUAGCAGGAAAUCAGAUCUGUGACACAAUAUAGAUUACAAGCAAUAAGAAGCUCUUAUACAAUUAAUUAUACAACACUUAGUUUCUCCCACUGAGCAGCUUUUCAGUUGGCAGCUGUGACAGAAGAUCACCUGCACAACCUGGAAUCAGCCAGAAAUGAACCAAAUACCACUGGCCGAUCAAAAGAAGCUGUCAGAUACUUUACAGACUGAGUGGAAUAAAACAACAUUAAUACUGAUCUACAAAAAAUAACAACACUAAGCUGAACCUGAUAUUGUGGCAGUUUAAUGGCUCAGUCCGCACGUCAAAGGCGAGACUGUGCAGACUGAUCAAGAUAAGUUUUAUAUCCAGAUUAGUUUGAAUGUGCAAUUCAUUGAGAAACACCAGUUUCUAUACAAAUUUUUUGUACUUUGUAAACCCUUAAAAAGCCAGGACCUGCUAGUAGGCCCAAGGCUUCAUUACACGCUUCUAUAACCUAAGAAUAGCUCAGCCAGUUUGCAUGGCAAUCCCUGUAGUUACUGAAUAACAAUUAGCAUGUAAUAAGCCUGGGAUUGUAAGGGUUAAACUGUGUUCAUUUCCGAGUGGACAGGAGAAUCUCCAAUAUGGUCAGCACCAUAACAGUAAAGGCUUAUACAAAGCAACAUAUGGGUGUUUAACAUGGACACUAGCUGAGUUAAAGUGCCUUUAAAAGAUGCAUCACUGCAGAAGAAGCAGGAAAUGUUCUCACAGCUUAAAAUAACGUCCUCAGCACAUCUUCACACCAUCAGGUCAGCCGUGUGAGUGGGGGUGAAAGUCAGGGUGUGUACGUGAGCAAACUUUGUCUAUGCUAAUUUAACAUUAGAGUAUAGUCCAUUGAUGUACUGCAGGUUCUGAAAUGAUACAUGUGCAUGCUUUCUCCUGCAUCUCACACUCUCACUGUGGAGCAGCGUUCAGAGCUGCUGGAUGUUUAUGUUGCAAAAACAAAUUCUGAGUCAUUGUGGAUUUUGAAUUGUUAAAUGAGGCACCACAAUAAA